AUGACUUUUCAGUCUAAAAUCACACCGUAUCGUUUUCAAACCUUGUUCACAAUCGUGGACGUCGCUCAAUGUCUCUACACAAUUCAGAAAUUUUGCUUUGAUUUCGCUGCAGUGUUCGAGAUCAUCUCACCGGAUCGUCUUCUAACCGCCGGUGCUAAGGCACAAUUUUGGGCGUCAUUCAUGCUCACAUGGGAGAUGAUGACAUUAUCUGCUAUUGCCACGUAUACUCUACGCCCAUCUCGUUCGAUAUUCUUCGACAAAUAUCCGAUUGUGGAUUCAGCAUCGCUGAAUGCAGCUGUUGAGAAAGCACCCAUAAAAAUUCACUAUUUCUUCUCACGAACCACAGGGCUGCUUGGUCGGCUCCGCUCACUAGAGACACCUGAAGAUCCAUAUAUUACUUUCGAAUAG